CGUGACCUGUGCUCUCGCGCGCUCGGUACUAAAGACGCACGGGGGCCGCGGUUGCCAUGGCUUCUCUGCGCGGGGGCGGCGGGAGGCAAUUCUGCUAGGCGUUGGCGGGCUUCGGCGGCGACCCCGAACCGGAAAGCGGAAGGAAUUUUGCGAGCAAGCAUCUGGCCCAUGUGGCAGAAUGGCGCUGAGCCACUCACUGAAAGAGCGGACCAUCUCAGAGAACAGCCUGAUCAUCCUGUUACAGGGCCUCCAGGGCCAAGUAACCACUGUGGACCUGCGGGAUGAGAGUGUGGCCCGUGGACGCAUUGACAAUGUUGAUGCUUUCAUGAACAUCCGACUGGCCAAGGUCACCUACACAGACCGUUGGGGACAUCAGGUUGAGCUGGAUGACCUUUUUGUGACAGGCCGCAAUGUGCGGUAUGUCCACAUCCCAGAUGACGUGAACAUCACUGCAACCAUUGAGCAUCAGCUACAGAUCAUCCAUCGUGUGCGCAACUUCGGUGGCAAAGGCCAAGGCCGGAAAGAAUUUCCCUCAAAAAAAUUUAAGUGAGCCUGGGUGCCUGUGCUUAUGCCUGUAAUCCUAGCUACUCAGGAGUCUGAGAUCUGAGGAUCACUGUUUGAAUUUAGCCUUGGCAUUCCCUAUGAAACUCUAUCUCCAAUUAACAUUCAAAAACUAGAAGUGGAGCUGUGGCUCAAGUGGUAGAGGGCUAGCCUUGA